GCCGGAGCCGUGGGGGCGUGGGCCGGAUUCCCAUGACUAUGGAAGUGCCAGGAGACCCCACACAGCCACAGCAGGCCUGUGUGACUUUUGAGGAUGUUGUCAUUUACUUCUCCCAGGAGGAAUGGGAGUUCCUCAACACAACCCAGAGGCUCCUGUACCUCAACGUGAUGCUGGAGACCUUUGCACUGGUAACCUCCCUGGGUUGUGAGUAUGGAAUUGAGGAUGAGGACACAUCUGUGCAGAGUGUUUCUUUGAAAGGAAUGUCACACUUGAGGAUUCCAAAGGCAGGCACACCGUCCCAGGACACUCACCCUUGUGACCUCUUUGUCCCAGUCUUAAAAGAUAUUGUGCGCCUGGCAGAACUACCCGUGCAGACACUGUAUGUGGCUGGCCUUCCCCAGCAUCUGAACCAUCGCAGUGCAGAGAAACCCUGGAAGAUGGACACGGACCAAAACUCACUUUUGGAGAGAGAUGAAGUUUGUGUCUCAGGGAAGCCCUUCGCCUGUGAGGGCCUUUGGAAGGAUUUCCCACUGUCAGAUCUGAGACCCCAAGUCCUUCCUAAUGAUGAGAAGCUAAACAAUGAGUUUGGGGAGGCUUUUCACCAUGGAAAAAGUAAUUGUAAGUUGGUUAAGUGCAGAAAAACUUCCAGACCCUUAAGUUUGUCUUUUCAUCACCCAAGAGUCUACACUGGAAAAAAUCUGUAUGAGCAUAAGUGUGAGAAAGAGUUCCGUGAUGAUCACUCACUUGCCCAGCACCAGAGAGUGCACACUGGAGAGAGGCCUUAUGAGUGCAGAGAGUGUGGGAAAUCAUUUAAGGAAAGAUUUUCCCUUAUUGCACACCAGAGAGUACACACUGGAGAGAGGCCUUAUGAGUGCAGAGAAUGUGGGAAAUGCUUUAGGCGAGGAUGUUUCCUUACCACACACAGGAGGGUGCACACUGGAGAGAGGCCUUACGAGUGCAGAGAGUGUGGGAAGUCAUUUAGGGAAAGGUGUUCCCUCACUAAGCACAAGAGGGUCCACACGGGAGAGAGGCCUUACAAGUGUGGGAAAUGUGGGAAGUCUUUUACCCAGCGCACCCACCUCGUAAGUCACAGCACAAUUCACACUGGAGAGAAGUCUUAUGAGUGCGGUGAGUGUGGGAAAACCUUUAGGCAGAAGUCUGUGCUCAUCAGACACCAGGUGGUUCACAACGGAGAAAGGCCCUAUGAGUGUGGUGAAUGUGGGAAAUCUUUCAAUCAGCGCUCCAACCUUAUUUCUCAUUGGGGAAUUCACACUGGAGAGAAGUCCUAUGAGUGCAGGGAAUGCGGGAAAACCUUUAGGCAGAAGUCUGUACUCAUCAGACACCAGGUGGUUCACAAUGGAGAAAGACCUUAUGAGUGUAAGCAGUGUGGCAAGUCCUUCAAGCGAGGAUAUGCCCUCACCGUACACCAGAGAGUCCCUGGAGAAAGGCCUUAUUCAUGUGGAGAGUAUGAGAAAUCCUGCAAGCGAGGAGACGCCCUUAUUGUACUCCACAGGCUUCUCACUAGACAAAGACCUGAGGAAUGCAACAAAUGUUCAUCUCCUUCAGCCCCAGAACUACCAAGCCAUAGAAAGGCCACAUGGAGUUGGUUGUUACGGGAACACUUUUGGCCCAGGCUCCAACCUUACUCAGCAACAGAGAGUCCCUGCUUGGGAACAGCCUCAGACCUGAAGGGAGAGUGCUUUCUGUUUGGGAUACCUAACCCAGACAACCCUGAUUAGCGAAACAUCUGCCUGAAGCUGAACCACAUCCUUCCAGGGAUCUGGUGAGGCCUCCAGGAGCUGUUCCUCACAUCAUAAGCUUGUCACAGUGCAAUCAUUGCCAUCCUUUCAUAGAGGUCUCUUGGCUAGAGUGAAAUAAUUGCCACUCUGUCAUAGAGAAACCAUCACCAUGCCAUCCUUGUGGGCAGAAUCUACACUGAUAAGGUAAAGUAAGCCAGGUAUGUCUCUGCUCUGCCAUUCUGUGAUGGAAAUCUUGAAUAGCACGAAUCAUUAGAGGAAUUUCAGUCCUUUUUGCUGAGUGACGGUGGAUGCCAUUAGUGCCAGAGGAACUCAGACCUGGUUCAGCUUGAUGCUUUCAGAAUGGCUUAGCUCCUUGUGGAAGUUCUUAGCCUCACAUGAACUUGAUGCUCCUACCUACAUUGCUCGUUUGUCACUAAUAAAGACUUUA